UCAAGUAUGCUAAGUAUAUUCAAAUGCUUAAUAUUUACUAAGUAUUAGAACAAAAUAGAAUUUUUGUCAUGCUAAAUAUUAUAAAUUAUAAUCUCAACAAUAUCUCACUUUGUCACAUCCUCAGUCCUUGCAUUUUAGUUGUCGGUACUCGGUAGUCAGUAGCCGGCUACAGCUUAAGCGCAUUCCGUUGGGUCCACGAUGUAGAAUAAGUAUUCUAAUACCGUCAUCUUAAAUUCUUAACCACCGCCGUAUUAGGUAUAUUAUAUAUAAAUUAAUUAAUUAUAUAGUAUAAACAUCUUACCUCUUGAUCGGUACUCGCCACCUGUUAAUUAUAAUGUUUGGAAACUUGAAGUGGUUGACAAGAAUUUAGAUUCCAAAAUAUACAAUUUGGUGAUGAUUCUUAAAAAAAUGAUGCUACUGUCCACUUUGUAACGGGCGAACACAAAUUUUUUAAAUCAUUAGUUGUCCUCAGAUUACUUUUGAUUCUUUUGUACUAUUUGCUAAUUGAGGUUAAACCUUAGCAAAUGUAAAAAUGGCACCUCGUGUGACUAUGCUUGAUGCCCAUGUACUUGACGAUCACAUUUCUAAAAUAUUCAUUGGCCAGACCUUAAAGGUUUUUAAGUUCUUACCGUCCUGGAUUUUAAAUAAUUGUGAGUCGGAAAUAAAUGUGAUAUUACAAUUCUUAUUGACAUAUUAUUCUGUGACAAAAGCAAAAGCAACAUUUGGUCAACAACUGCUGGGGAUUAGAUUCAAUCCAGACCAGCUGACAGAUACAAAGUUAGUUCUAUUUCAAUUGUUUACGGCUGGAGCAGAGUAUAUACAAUUAAAAGUAGAAAGUCCUUCAAAAAACUUUAUAAACAAUAUAAAUAUCUUACAUUUAAUUGUUGAUGUUUUGAAAGCGGCAUCUUUCUUGAAUUUUUUGCUUUUCCUGCAACAAGGCAAGUAUCCGACAUUGACUCAAAGGCUUUUAAGUCUUUCACAAGAGUCGACCCGUAAAAGAAAUAUUGAAUACACAUAUAUGACAAGAGAACUGCUGUGGCAUGGUUUUUCUGAGUUGUUGUUAUUCACAUUGCCGCUGAUCAAUUAUCAAUCUUUAAAACAUAAAAUAUUUAGAUUAAUGCAUUCAAAUUUAAAAUCCAAUGACAAAAAAUGGAUCGAAAAACCACCAUUUAUAUGUGCUAGGACGGUAUGUAGUAUUUGUCAAGAAAAACCUGUGUUACCACAUCAUAUAAAAUGUUCUCAUGUGUUUUGUUUCUACUGUAUAAGUUCAAUGAGAAUGGUUGAUGAAAAAUUUGAAUGCCCCGAGUGUUAUCAUUUUGAAAUUAAUAUAAUACCGGUAAUACUCGAUUAAAUUUAUUUAUAUUACUCAAAAUGCUUGAGACAUAUCAAUAAAGUAUAGUACAUAUUUUGGUGUUUUAGUUUUUGUUGGUGGUGUAAAUUGUAAUAAGUUUGUUAUUUUUAAUGUAUUUUCAAAGUAGUUUUUUUUAUUGAAACCGUUGAACAAAUAAUAUAUAUUAUAUUUUCUUGUUUUUAUGUUAAGGGAAAAUAAAUGUGGUAUUUAUUAUAAUCAUUUUUAAUAUUUUUUGUACAUAAAUUUAAAAAUUUAAUACGUUUUUAAACAAUGUUUUCUAAAUUGGCAAAAUUAAUAAUAAUUUAGGUAAUAGCUCUUUCUAGUCAAAGUAGAGCACACCAAAUUUAUUUGUGAAGAGAAACCAUUAAUGCUCGGACUACAGUCAUUAUUAAAAAGUAACAAGUGGACAUUUUGGUCUCCAUACAUUUUUUUAUGUUAGUAAGGAUCUCAAU